AUGGAAAUCCUGCAGCGCAUUGCAGGCGACUUGUCGCCAAAAGCUUCGGGCCCACUUGAGGUGGCAGGGGAAGGAACAGAUCUCGCCCCAGAGGACGCAGACAGCAGUGACGUCGCUGACAAGGCAGGUAAAGCUUCUCUUUCUACGAGGUACUGUGGAAAAAGGGCUCGAGUGACUAAGGCUGUAAUUGCUGCUGUUGCAGUGAUAGUGGUGUGUGGGGCUCGUUACAUUAUGUCAGGAAGGUCAAAAUCGUACCUGAAGACGUCAAAGUUGGGAGUAGAGGAUGUGUCACAGCCGUCCCUGGACGACGUGCCACAGCCGUCCCUGGAAGAUGUGUCACAGCUGUCCCUGGACGAUGUGUCACAGCUGUCCCUGGACGUUGUGUCACAGCUGUCCCUGGACGAUGUGCCACAGCUGUCCCUGGACGAUGCGCCACAGCCGUUCCUGGACGAUGUGUCACAGCCGUCCUUGGACGAUGUGACACAACCGUCUUUGGACGAUGUGUCACAGCCGUCCCUGGACGACGUGCCACAGCCGUCCCUGGACGAUGUGCCACAGCCGUCCCUGGACGAUGUGUCACAGCAGUCCCUGGACGUCGUGUCACAGUUGUCCCUGGACGAUGUGUCACAGCCGUCCUUGGACGAUGUGACACAGCCGUCUUUGGACGAUGUGUCACAGCCGUCCUUGGACGUUGUGUCACAGCCGUCCCUAGACGAUGUGCCACAGCAAUCCCUGGACGAUGUGCCACAGCAGUCCCUGGACGUUGUGUCACAGCUGUCCCUGGACGAUGUGCCACAGCCGUCCCUGGACGAUGCGCAACAGCCGUUCCUGGACGAUGUGUCACAGCCGUCCUUGGACGAUGUGACACAGCCGUCUUUGGACGAUGUGUCACAGCCGUCCUUGGACGUUGUGUCACAGCCGUCCCUAGACGAUGUGCCACAGCAGUCCCUGGACGAUAAGUACAUGGACGACUUCAAUGAAGCAGCAGAGGAGAUAGAAGCGCAUUUCUCCUCAGAAUUGGCCGUGCGUGAAGCUUUUCAGCUACACUUCACACCGUCGCUUGAGGAUGGUCAAAGUCUCCUGGGAGACCCUCUGACGGUCAUCAAAGACCACGUUGCCAAGAUGCGAGAAUGCACAGUUCCACCUGCUUCUUCUCUGCAGGCACGGCUGGACUUCGCGCAACACUUGCAGCUAUUACGCAGCAUUUGCCGCACAGUGGCUCUUCGCUUCAAGGAUUUGGAAUUGUUCAACACUUUGAAUCAGAAUUUAGGCGUGGAGAAUCCUUUUCUUGUUUCUGGCAGCCGCGAGGAUUAUAGUGACAAUGAUAAUCCUAUAAACUUUCAAGAAGUGACAACACGUGACUGGACAGCUUCUGAGUUCUUGGAAUUCUUCGGGCUGUCUGGGGGUGGUAAAAGACGAGUAAAUGAAUCCUUAGCUAGGAAACUCAAAUUGUUGUUGGAUAUUGAGAAGAGACAUAACGACACCAACUUGAACGCCCGAUAUCAUUUCACGGCAUUCCUCCAACCGUUUGAAGGAGACGGCGCUUUCAACUCCGCUCAUGCCCCUGCCGAACACCAGAUUCCAUACACUGGAAACCAAUUUCGUACUGGAGCUCUUGCAGAAGCAGCUGCGCAUAUAUUCCGUGAAUCCGAUGCCAAUACGAAUUACGCAUUCAUACGAAAGCUGAAUCGAAUUGCGGAUAAUUGGACGAACGAAGCAGUGGCGGCAGCUGUGAAGCAGCAAGCGAAGGAAAAUGCGGACAGUGUUCAAACCAGGCUGAAGACUAAAAGGGAGCUUAUGCGAGGGCUGCUAAGCCAAGGCAUACCAGUGGAUGAUUUGGUGAUGACUGCAUUGUUCCUUUUAUAG